GUCCAUGAUGCUUUGCCAACUGUCAAGUUGGAGAGGUCAUACCAGUUCGUGCACAGAUGGCCCUUUUGGCUGAAGCUCAAGCCCCACCCCCUCUCCCAGUAUAUAAACAUCCAGUCUCACAGACUAUCCAUGAAUUGGGAAGGGAAACUCUCAACACACAGACCUGCUAAGAAGAGCACACACCAACACAAGAAAAACUCAGAGGAGAAAAUCUUGGAAGGAAAGUGGCCAUGGACCUGAUCCCAAGCUUUUCCACAGGAACCUGGGUUCUCCUGGCUACCAGCCUGGUGCUCCUCUAUCUAUAUGGGACCUAUACACAUGGACUUUUUAAGAAACUGGGAAUUCCUGGGCCGAAACCCCUACCUUUUGUGGGCACUGCCCUGGCCUACCGCAAGGGUUUUGGGACUUUUGACAUGGACUGUUUUAAAAAGUAUGGAAACAUGUGGGGGUUCUAUGAUGGUCGGCAGCCUGUGUUGGCGAUCACGGAUCCAGACAUGAUCAAAGCAAUCCUAGUGAAAGAAUGUUAUUCUGUCUUCACAAAUCGGCGGGUAGGUAUUCAUUCCUUUUAAAACUAAAUUGUUA